AUGGACACUCAACAACAACAAAUCACUGAAAUGAUCAAUGAUCUAAAUGAUAAAAAGGCAGAAAUUUCUGCCAAGGUUGAAAAGGUGCAAGAAAACAUUCAAAAGGUUAACAAUUUUAUUGAGGAUAAUCAAGAAAAUAUUCAAAAGGGAAUUGAAACAGCCAAUAAGGUUGUUGAUACUGUUAAUACAGUUCUUGAAAAGAAGGAAGAAAUUGAAAAGAAGUUAAAUGAUAUGCAAGAAGAUCUCAAGAUUAAGGCAACCAAUACUUUGAAUGCAAUCGGAUUGAAUAUUGCUGGAAAGGUUGCAGAAAAGUACAAGUUGAAAUCACUCCCAGAAAUGAUGAACAGCAUUCAAAAUAUCAUUCCACCUGCUGUCUUGUAUGGUUCAGUGAUGAGAAAGCCAAUGUUGACUCAAUUCGGAACAAUGAUUCCAGGUUUUUCAGUUCCUUUCGAAACUAUUGAGCUCAUCGCUAGUUAUGCAUUCCUUGGUUUGCUUCCAUUUGCCUUGUUCGUCAGCUUUAUGGCAACCCAACAAAAAGCUAAAGUUGAUGAUGAAUUGGCAAAGAGCAAUGGCUCAAUCAGAAGACACAAAAAGAUUGCCAUGUUGAUGAGUAUUUUGAGAGCUUCUUUGUGUGGAUUGGCUUAUACUUGUUAUGAAUUGUUUGUUGGUCAAGUUCCUACUGAAAUGGUGUUUGUCAAGUCUUAUUUGCCUUACAUGGCUUUUGCUACAUUCACUUCAAUUACUGGAUACGAAUGGUUAGAUGCAAAGAUUGAUGAUCUUGCUUACAAGUAUUUGCCAUCCCUCGUCAAGAAGGAAGAAUAA